AUGACACAACUCAGGACCAUUCUGCAGACUCCUGCGGCCGUGGCCCCAGUCGCUGCUGAACCUGUCACUGUUACCAUCAACGCAGAGCCCGUGACUGUCUACGAGACUCAAUAUGUCACCCAAGUUCAGGUUGAGACUCAAUACGUUACUCAGGUCGACGUUCAGAUCGUCACCCAAGUGGCGCCACCUCUUCCCGCUGUUACUAUCAAGGAACCCAUCACCAUCAUCGAGGUCGAGCCCGUCACUGUUAAUCAUGUCAUCACCGAGACAGUGCAUAUCCCUGGAGAUGCACCAGCUCCCGUUACUAUAACCGUUCCUGGAGAAGGACCUGCGGCUAUUACUAUCAUCCACACCGUGCAGGCUCCUCAGGAACCCAGCGCUCCUGUUGUGCAAGUUCCCGGACCAGGCGUCACUACGAUCCCGAUUCCCUCAAGCUCUCUUCCCAGGACAACACUUGCAUCAGACCCGUAUGCUGUUGUUGGGCCCAUCGUAACCAUGAGCAUCACUCCCAAGCUCCCUACCAGUGUUCUCGAACCACCUGCGGCCGGGCCUUCCACCAGUCCCGUUGAACAGCCUGUCCAACAGCCCGCUCCAGCGCCUCCUACCAGCGCUGCCGAACAGCCCGUAACACAGCCAUCUACCAUCGCUACCGAGGCGCCUGUAUCACAGCCUUCUGCCACUACCAUCGAACAGUCUAGCGCACAACCGUCCACCACCGCUAUCGAAGAGCCUACGAAGCCCUCCACCACAGCUGUCGAAGAGCCUUCAGCUGAAGCCACCUCCAGCCAAGCGGAGCCGACUGCCGAACCAACUCCUACCCAGGAGGAAUCCGAAGGCGGCGCUCCUACCAUGUCCCCUUCGAUGGAACUCGGCAACAUGGGACCUGACACCACUGGAGCUAUCGCCGCCCCUGCCCUAGACGGAACCAGGCCCACAACAGCCACUGCUGGAAAUGGUCCUUCGCAGACUCGCGCUCCCAUCGAUCUCUCCGACCCGUCAAAACUCAGCAGCGUCCUCGACUUGGGCAACUUGGGUGGAGGAUCAGGGCCACUCAAAGCUCGUGCUACGGGUACUCCUUAA